AUUAGAAGGAUCGAAACCCACCACGGACGACGACUCUCUCGGUCCUCAACGCGGCUCCUCCGUCUUGUCUUGUUUUCUCCGUCGGAAGAAGGGUCUAAAAUCCAUCACAAUCGACGCCUCUCUCGUUCCUCACCGCGACUCCUCCGUCUUGUCUCCUCACCGCGACUCCUUUGACUCGUCCGUCUUGUCUCCUCACGAAGACUCCUCACCGUGACUCCUCUGACUCCUCCGUCUUGUCUCCUCACCGCGACUCCUCUUACUCCUCCGUCUUGUCUCCUAACCGCGACUCCUCUGACUUGUCUCCGUUAGAAGAUGGAUCGAAACCCACCACAAUCGACUACUCUCUCGGAGCCCACCGCAUCUGCUCUGUCGGUUCUCAUCUUCUCCGAGUGAAGAAUGGUUCAAACCCAUGACUUCCCGUGGAGUUUGAGCUCUGGACAUGAGGUCCUCCGACUGAAGUCACAACCAGAAGGAGUUCUUUUUUGAAGUUCAGUGCAAACUGUGGGUGAGAGAGUCAAGAGAAGUCACAAGAUUGCAGAGAGAAGUCACAAGAUGAAUGCGAGUAGACACAAUGCCACAAGAGAAGUCACGAGAUGUUUGGUUAAACAUGUCACCGACUCUUUUUCUCGCACCAAAACACUCUCUUUCUCUUCACCAUCACACUCUCCUCACCAAAACUAUUCACAUGGCAUCUUCAUCCCAUAAUACGUUUGAUGUACAAGAUGGUGAAAGUUUUGAUCAAUAUUUUGAUCGGUAUGUUGAUCAAUAUUUUGAUCAAACUUUCGAGAGUUUAGCCAUUAAUCAUGGUGAUCAAGAAGUCCAAAAAAAAAAGAGGAAAAAACGAGUUCACAUCGAAAGGAACCGUGAAGAAGGCAAUGUACGUUUAUGGGAAGAUUAUUUCAGUGAAACCCCAACUUAUCCUUCUAAUCUAUUCCGACGGCGAUUCAGAAUGAACAAACCAUUGUUCAUGCGUGUUGUUGAUCGACUCUCCAAUGAAGUUGAAUUCUUUCGACAAAAGGAAGAUGCUCUCGGCCGGCUUAGUCUCUCUCCACUUCAAAAGUGUACAGCAGCCAUUCGUGUCUUGGCAUACGGUAACGCCGCUGAUGCUGUUGACGAAUACCUCCGACUCGGUGAAACAACUACUCGUUCAUGUGUAGAACAUUUUGUCGAAGAAAUAAUAAAUUUAUUCGGUGAAGAGUACCUAAGAAGACCAACACCGGCUGAUCUUCAACGUCUACUUGAAGUUGGUGAGUUCCGUGGAUUUCCCGGUAUGAUAGGAAGCAUCGAUUGUAUGCAUUGGGAGUGGAAGAAUUGUCCCACCGCUUGGAAAGGGCAAUAUUCACGUGGUUCCGGAAAACCCACAAUUGUUUUAGACGACCCCGGAAGUUCACAUGUCGAUCUCGAUUUUCAAACGGAUAUCCCUUCAAAUAUCACCAAUAUGAUGGGUGCUCGAAGUAGAAUUCGUGAUCAACAUAAGCAUCAACAACUGAAAGCGGAUUUGGUUGAACAUAUAUGGCAUAAAUUUGGACAUAAUGAAGACAUCAACUGAGUUCGGAAGUUUGUUUUCGAAUUAUUCUCGAUUAUUGUACUAAUCUAUAUUUUCAUGUUUUUUUUUAAAUUUAUAUUUUAAAUGUUAUCUUUUAAUAUAUUUUAUUUAAUAAAUAAAUUUUAUUAAA